GUUGUUGGAGGCCGGAGAGGAAGGCGGCUGAUUAGCUUUGGCUGCUCUCGCCGGCGAUUCUUCCGAUAUCUAGGGAUUUCGAAGAGCUCGAGCUAGAAGGGGAAAGCAAGCAAGCUUAGCGGUAUCAAUAGCUGUCUGGUAAAACGGAGGGUGAGAUGUCUAUUUGCCUCUCCGCCUGUUCUACAUCCAGACCGCUAGCGGUUCCGCCUUGUUCCGCGGCGGCGCGUGCCUAUUCUUCCACGGCGGGUAAGGGGUGCCAGUGCUCUCUCUCUUUCCGGCCAGCGAAAGGCUCCGGGAGACUCCUUUCUUCCGCGGGUGAUAGAGGAAGGUUGCAGGUGGUUCGUAUGGCUCCCGACGAAGAGAAGCUGACUCGCCGAAAUCCUCUUGAUUUCCCAAUCGAAUGGGAAAGGCCGAAGCCCGGGCGAAGACCGGACAUAUUCCCCCAAUUCAGCCCAAUGAAAACACCGAUUCCACCACCAUUGCCAUACGAUCCUCCCCCAGAGGAGGAGGAAGAGGAAGACGGAGACAAGAAGAAAGAAGAGGAAGAGGAAGGAGACGAAAAUCCCGAUAAGGAGGAAGAACCGGAGAAACCCGACAUCUAGUAGAUAGAAAAUAAAGUCGGCAACUCGAGCAAAAUAGAGUGCGCAAGCGCAAUUCUGAGCU